AACUAAACUGUAAUAUAAAAAUAUUUGAUAGUUUAGUUUCAGCUAAAACAUUCUCUUUAGUUAAAACAUUCUUCUUUAUUAGUUAGUCAGCCGUUUAAUUUCAAAACAACUAGUUAAUUUCCUUUGUUAUGUUCUUAGUUACAGUUCGCAAUCAUUUGAAAUGUGUCUUGAUGAUCAUUAGGGUGUUCUUGAUUCUGGAGAAGAGAUAGCUGUGAAAAGACUGUCCAUGAAAUCAGGACAAGGAGACACUUUCUUCAUAAACGAAGUCUCAUUAGUUGCAAAACUCCAACAUCGAAAUCUUGUUAGGCUUUUAGGUUUCUGCUUGGAUGGACAAGAGCGACUACUCGUCUAUGAGUUCUUCAAGAACACAAGCCUUGACCAUUUCAUAUUUGGUAUCUUUUGAUCCACUCUAUAUAUAUAUAUAUCAUCUCUAUUUCUACAUGAUCCUAAUCGUUUUUUUCCCCACAGAUUCAGACAGGAGAAGGGUCUUCUUUAUCUCCAUGAAGAUUCUCGUUUCAAAAUUGUUCACAGAGAUCUUAAAGCCAGCAAUGUUCUAUUGGACGAUGAAAUGAACCCGAAAAUCACAGAUUUUGGAAUGGCUAAGUUGUUUGAUACAGACCAAGCAAGUCAGACCAGGUUUACAAGCAAAGUUGCUGGAACCUACGGGUACAUGGCUCCAGAGUAUGCAAUGAACGGGCAAUUCUCAGUGAAAACCGAUGUAUUUAGCUUCGGUGUACUAGUCCUUGAGAUCAUUACAGGCAAGAGAAACAACUGGUCUCCAGAAGAACAAAGAUCAAUCUUUCUACUUAGCUAUGUGCGGAAAUGCUGGAGAGAAGGGAAAGUGUUAAACAUUGUGGAUCCAAGUCUGAUUGAAACAGAAGGUUCAAGUGAUGAAAUCAUGAAGUGCAUUCACAUUGCCCUGUUGUGUGUGCAGGAGAAUGCAGAGAGUAGACCAACAAUGGCUUCUGUUGUUGUAAUGCUCAAUGAAAGUUCUUUCACUUUACCUAGACCUUCAGAACCAGGCUUUUACUCAGGGGAUGGAGAAUCAUCAUCAUCAAGAGACAAUCACACAAGUAGCAUUCCGUCACUGAACAGUGUUACAAUCACUGAGUUAGAUCCUCGUUGAUUAGUGUUGUAAUAUGAUAUUGCUUUAUAGUUUAGUUCAGCUUCAUUCUAUGACUAAAACUGUUUGGUAGUGUUGUAAAACAAAUUGUUAAGGAUCUUUACACUAA